AUAUCGCGGAGGCAAAUCUAAGAAAGGUGGAGACUUCGGGAUAACUUCCUGCACAGUACUCUCACGAAUCAUACCUCAUACUUAAACAGCAGGCCAACGUCAAAACCAAGUCGAAUGGAUUAGUAACGCAAAUAAACUCGCUAACAAGCACUUCAUCAACACGAUUCCUAAAGUAGGAUUUAACGCUAGCAUCCAGCCUGCUAGCUAACAUCAGCUACCAGGACGGCAGAUUGUACACAUCAGAUCAAGACAGUCUCGUAGCGAAGGACAGUAUGGUUGAGGUGGUGGUGGAGUUUGAGUAUGAAGCCGCCCACGAAGAUGAGUUGACCCUCAGACUUGGAGAUGUGAUCAGAAAUGUGCGACGGAUGGAGGAGGAGGGAUGGAUGGAGGGAGACCUCAACGGGAAACGAGGCCUUUUCCCAGACAACUUUGUAAAGGAGGUGAAAAAAGAUGAGCCAAAGUCCAAAGAUGAGCCAAAGGAGGCUAAAGAAGUGAAGGAGGUGAAAGAUGAGACUCCGAUACAGCGGCGAGCAUCAGGGAAUGUGGCGAGCCUGGUGCAAAGGAUCAGUACCUACGGCAUCCCGGCAGGAGGAAUUGGCUUACAACCUCAUUCUCAGCCCCGUGCCUCAAAAAAGAAGCCCAAGAAGCGUCAGUGCAAAGUCCUGUUUGAAUAUGUGCCUCAGAAUGAAGACGAGCUGGAACUGAAGAUUGGAGAUAUCAUUGACAUCACUCAGGAGGUUGAGGAGGGCUGGUGGAGCGGAAGCAUGAAUGGGAAGUCAGGGCUCUUUCCUUCCAACUUCGUCAAAGAAAUAGAAUCAGCUGAAGAGACAGAGACCAGCGACAUAACAGAUGAGCCAGAUAACAGAGAUGGAGCGUCUAGCCCCACAUCCCCUCACCAAGGCAAUGGAGUCAUGGCCCAACCGAAGAAGAUCAAGGGCAUCGGCUUUGGUGACAUAUUCAGAGAGGGCUCUGUAAAACUCAGAGUCUCUCAAAGAUUACCAUCUGACAAUGAGGAAAAGAAAGAAAAACCAAUUCCAUCAUUACCAUCAGCCACAAAACCCACCCCUUUGAGCACCCCUGAACCCCCUAAAGGAGAAAAAGAGGCAGAGAGCAAAGGAAAAGUAAAAGAAUAUUGCAAGGCCAAAUUCCCCUUUGAAGCAACUAACCAAGAUGAGCUGGAUUUAAAGGAGGGUGACAUCAUCCACAUACUGAGCAAGGUAUGGAACAGGAACACAGGAGAGCCAGGCUGGUGGAGAGGAGAGAUCAACGGCAAGGAGGGAGUUUUCCCAGACAACUUUGUAACUCUGCUUCCUGAGACAGACAAAGAGACACUCACAUCCAAAGGCUCCGUUAAAGCGUCUCCUAAACAGGAACCAGAGGAGAAGCCAAAGAAGCCCCCACCACCAUCCAAAACCCCAGUCCUGAAACCAGAGGCCCCCAGUGCGGACAAGAAGCAACCGCAGCCACGGCCUGAAGAUAAAGUUGUCAAGCCCUUGCCAGAGAAACCCACCAAACCUGCUGGCCCCAUCGUGCCCCCGAAAAAACCUGUGCCUCCAAACAAGGGACUGCUGCGUCCUUCCAUCCACACAAAACGACCUGACUUGCCUCUCACUCCAUCACCAGCCGCCAAGCAAGUGCAAAAUGGAGAAGUUCCUAUUAUACGAACAAAACCAGAGAGCGAACCUGUACCCAUUAAGCCAAAAACCGUUGUGGACAGCAGUGAGAAGAAUUCAGAUAUAGUUAAUCUCAUGAGUUUUGACGAUGUCUCCUCUGCCUCGGAGAAGUUAACCCACCCUACCGCACAGCGACCAAAGAUGCCUGGCAAAAGACUGCCUGGACACAGAGGCCACUCCCCGAGCAAGGAGACUGGCGAGAAAGCUGAGAAAAUCGAGAAAGUGGAUGACGUUGCACCUUCCACACAAAAUUCGUUUAAGAUGUCUGUCUCAUCACCCUUACCAUCUAUGGUGCCUAAAACCAUUUCAGCAACCCAUAUCACCCCUGAGCUCAAACCAAAACUUGACAAGGAAGAGGAGAAAGGAUCUGAACUUGAGGAACUGAAGGCUCAUAUGAAGGAGCUAGUACUGUCUAUAGAGUUACUGAAGACACAACAGUCGAGAGAGCUCAAUGAACUCCGAAAAGAGCUGGAUGAUGAACGACUCAAACGGGUGGCCCUGCAGAUGGAGAUAGAAAAAAUAAAGAAGAUUGUACAAUCAACAUGAAAUAAAUUCUGGCAUCCUGAACUGGACUAAUGGCUCCGCUGUCGCAUCACGAGUGGAAAGUGACCUCCAGAUGGAGGGACGGAUAUCGUUCACAUCAUCUUUACAUUCACUGACUUACUCCACAAUUUGUAAGAUUCAAAUAUUUGCACAUGAUGAGGUUUUUUCUAGGUUUAGAAAAGUGUAAUUAUGACAGAUGUAUAUGUUUGUUUUCCUCUUCUUCUUUUUUUUUGCCAACAAAAAUGAUCGAGGCCUUUACUACUGUGCUGGAUAUGCAGUCUAUCACUAUCACUAUCACUUAUUGAGAUGUGCAGUGGAUUAUGCAUUCAAUACUACUGAGUCUGUAUAAAUGUUGGGGGAUUAUGUUGUUUCCUUGUUUUUUUACGACGGCUUAGUUUAAAAAAAAAAAAAAGAUAUUAUGAUCUCAGCAAUAUUCUGUCUAUAUUAGCCUCUUUAGAUGAUUAUCAAAUGUAUGACAUACUCUUGUUUCCAUAGUGAUGAUGUAUUCUGAUUAUGUUGAAAAGGGAGAACAUUUCUUUUUGUUUUUCUCUAACAUUCCUAUCCAGGGUAACACUAUUGUGCCUGUUAAGAUUUUUUACAAGUGUUAAUACUGGGAGCUCUCUUAUUAUAUAAAUAUAUAUAGAUAUAUAUGUGUAUACUUAGAUCUACAGCAUGAUAUAUUUUUAUGGUCUAUUGAUUGUGACAUCAUAAAAAUGUACUGGGUUUGUGUAUCCGUGUUUGGUUUAAAACAUUCACACUUCCCUAGAAAAUAAAAACUGGCUUCAACAAGCAGCACUUCACCGUAAGAAUGGCAAGAAAUCCAUUUCACAAUUUAAGCUGCACGGAGUGCUGGUGGGUUUGUUCUGCAGUUAUGCCCCCUUGAACAUACAAAAAUUAAAUGUGCCCAUUCAGGCCUCUUAACCCUUAAUCUGAAAAUCUAUUUUUAAAAGCAUUCCUGCCCAAGGAUUGUUUGUUUAUCUCUGUGUGAGAGUGGAGUUGCUGAUGCAGUAGGAUGACAGGUUGACCCCUAAAGCAAUAAAAAGGCAUGUCUUUUUGGUUUCCAUUUUUAAAUGUCGGAUGAGUAUGUUCAUGUUCCUUUGCAGCAACUUUAAAGGAUCUCCUGUGAAAGUACAUUGGAAAUUAGUCAUCUCUGUUGUCUGAAAUUUGGUAGAACACAUUCCAUUUUAUUGUCUUAAGAUCUGUUGUGCACAUUCAGCAUCUAUCAAAAGGAUUUUGUUUACAUGAUUACAAAGUGAAUUGCAUGAGCUGAGAUUUCUUUUCCCCAAACUAAAUAAAUAUGUUUAUUU